CAAAAUGCCCUUUCCCUUUGCAACACCUCUUCUUCUCUUCUUAGCCAUAAUGGCUUCCUCUAUUUCUUCGUUAGACGAGCCGGACGCGGUUCGGUUGUUGCGGACCGGAAUUGUGAAAGCCAGAUCCGAAAUAUAUAACGUGAAACGACGUCGCUUUGAACGUGGGAAUGUGCAGACCGCACUUGGCGAUUGCCAUACGCUCUACGAGGAAGCCGACAGCCGGCUUGCCGGGAUGUUGGUUGGGGAGAAUUAUUCAGCGGAUGAUGCUCGGAUAUGGCUCAGCGCCGCCGUGGCUAAUCAUCGGAGUUGUUUGGAUGGCUUGGAAGAAGUCGGCGCUGUGCCGUCGGCGGAUGGGAAUAACUUGACCAUGUUGCUCACCGGAGCUCUGCAUUUAUACGACAAAAUUGCCGCCGUGGAGGAGCGGAAGUGCUGGGAACGAGUGGAGAAAGAGAGAUUGAGGGAAAACGGGAGAAUCAACUUGGCGAAAUGGAAUGCGGCGACGUCGAAGCCGGAUUAUGUGGUGGCGAAGGAUGGCUCCGGCACCUACACAACCAUAAACGGCGCGGUGGCGGCUCUGGCCAGAGAUGGCCGUAGACGGCGGUCGGAGAGAGUGGUGAUAUAUGUGAAAGCUGGAGUUUACAAGGAGAAUGUGGAAAUUGGAAUGCAGUUGAAGAACGUCAUGGUCGUCGGCGACGGCGCAGACAAAACCAUCGUCACCGGUAACCGCAACGUCCCGGACGGCGCCACCACUUACAGCUCAGCUACAUUUGGCGUUUCCGGUGACGGAUUCUGGGCAAGAGACAUAACAUUCGAGAACACCGCCGGACCGGGAAAGCAACAGGCGGUGGCGCUACGGCUGAAUUCCGACCGCGUCGUCGUAUACCGGUGCACAAUAAAAGGCUAUCAGGACACCCUGUUCCUCCACUCCCUCCGUCAAUUCUACCGCGACUGCCAAAUCUACGGCACCAUAGAUUUCAUCUUCGGCAACGCCGCCGCCGUUCUCCAAAACUGCGACAUCUUCGUCCGACGUCCGAUACGCCACCAGGCCAACAUGAUAACGGCUCAAGGCCGCGACGAUCCAGCCGAGGCCACCGGAAUUUCGAUUAUCAGCUGCAGAGUCAGGGCGGCGCCCGAACUCGCCGCUGUCAAGGGCGAUUUCAGGACCUACCUCGGUCGGCCGUGGAAGAGAUUUUCAAGGACGGUGAUUAUGACGACGGAUUUGGACGGAUUAAUUGACCCGAAAGGGUGGGGAGAAUGGAGGGGCGAUUUUGCACUUUCCACUCUGUUUUACGCUGAGUUUAAGAACACUGGCGGUGGUUCUUCUACUAGAUUUAGGGUUCAUUGGCCGGGAUUUCAUGUCCUCCGGAGCGCGGAGGAGGCGCGGCGUUUCACGGUAGCUGGGUUUCUUCGCGGUGACGCUUGGAUUCCGGCCACCGGCGUGCCAUUCGAGGCUGGGGUUUGAGUUUUGAGGUCGGUGAUUGAAUAUGUAUUUACAUAAAGGUAUUAAUGGAGAGAAUAUAUAAAGUUUA